UCCAGCCUGCGUCAUUGUCGCUGCGUUUGAAUAUUCCGCCUUUGUAUCCAGACUGGUUGCCGAUCUCGCGCACCUGCUCGUGCGUCAUUUCUAGCUCUGGCUCAAUGACUGGUAUAGAAGCCUCGCGGAGCGUCGACACACAUCCAGCAGCGUCUGCGUUCUGAUCUGCUUCCCAGUGUCUAAGCGCUCUGUCAUUCACUCGCAUGGUUUAUCGAGGUUUAUCCGACCUGUUGCUCCGUGAUGGCCAAAGUGGGAAUCUGGUGUGUUCUGCUACUGGCAGCUCUCGCGCACAGUUCGACUGCACCAAAGGCACGUGAAAGAGCUGUGGAGGAGACGAGUGAGCUGAACCACACGCUACUCGAAAUGGAAAAUCAAAAUACCAUAUUAACUCGGCUGCUGGGUGAUUAUGACAAAGUGAAAACGCUUUCGGAAGGCGCUGACUGUGGCUGUAAAUGUGUUGUCAGACCCCUGAGCAGGAGCGCCUGCCGGCGGAUCGAAGCGGGACGCGCCACGCUCGCAGACUUCUAUACCGUGGAGACCGUGACUUCAGGCCCGCGCUGCAAAUGCGUGUGCCUCGCGCCGCCGUCCGCUCUGAACCCCUGCGAGGGAGAUUUCAGACUAAAAAGGCUGCAGGAGGCCGGGAAGGAAAACAUCAAGCUCUCCACAAUAAUAGAGUUGCUAGAGGGGGCUUUUUACGGCAUGGACCUGCUGAAGCUGCAUUCACUCACUACUAAGCUUCUCCAGCGCGUGGAGAACAUCGAGAGGGCUGUGUCUCAGAACCAGACCGCAGAGAAGGAGGCUGAAGCAGAGAGUACGAACCCAAAACCAGAAAUAAGGGCAAAGCCAAUCUCCUCCAGACCUCCAUCAGGACAGGAGAAGAGGAAGACUCCGCAUGAGAGGAGCAGCGAGGCUGCAGCCUAUCGGAACACAGAGAGUGAGUAUGAGGAGAGGGUUAUGGAUGUGUGGAAGAGCAGCGGUCCAGAUCAAGAAAAUGCCGUGGAAGACUUGCAAGAAAAAGAGCGCCAAGGAAGGAAGCAGCAUCCGAAGAUCGUUGUUAGGGGGGUCACAUACUACAAAGCCCAGCCAGAGGACCACCCAGAAACAGAGGACAACAUGACGGAAGAUGACGGCCAGAGUGGUGACGGUGCUGAAGAUCUCCUGACUGAAGAUCAGCUUCUUCUGCCCAGCGCUCCAGCCUUCAGGCCCGUCAUCAAAGCAUGGUCCGUCCCAGCCCAGCCCAGAACUCCUGCUCUGGAGAGCAAGUACACGUCUCAGAUAGAAGAAUCCGACACUCCUCUGCCUGUCAGGAUGAAACUGCUCGGUGAGCCAGCGCACGCAGUGGCCAAAACCACCGAGCUCGGAGAUGUGGCGUCCCCUGCUGGCACAGAGACUGUCAGAACCGGGAGGCCAGUGGCGGAAACCACACCUCAGAACCUCACAAGGAUGGAGGGAGAACUACAGGAGCUCAAGAACGAACCUGUUAAAACACAGAAUGUUUUGGCCACGUUAUCAAUCCUGAGUCACAAAAAGAUGGAGUCAGCUUCACGUGUUCCUGAUAAGACCGCAAAUUCAAAACCAACAGCAGCAGUGGAUACCGUGAAUUCUUCGCCUGAGCAGAACCUCCGCAUGGGUACACCCGCCUCCAAUAAGGAUGUGGUCCAAGACACCAGGAGAGCCACAGAAAAGACAGAAGUAACUGCGUUCUCAUCCCCUCAGAGCCAAGCUGCUACCAGCACCAAAAUGGCUUCCACCACAGACGCAGCUACGGGAAGCAGUUUGGCUGCCACUGUUGGCACAAGAGCUACUGCCCCCCAGUUGGAGUCGACCGCGACAGCUGCCACUCUGAUUGCACCAGGUGUAACUAAGAACGAGGGCAUUUCCAACACGGCACCACCCCUAAUUACCCCCACACUGAUGACCACUGCUACUAUGGCAACCACUACAGCUACCAGCACCAUUACCACCGCUACCAUGGCAACCACUACAGAUACCAGCACCACUACCACCGCUACCAUGGCAACCACUACAGAUACCAGCACCACUGCCACCACUACCACAGGAACCACUACAGAUACCAGCACCGCAACCACAGCUACCAUGGCAACCACUACCACCGCUACGAUGGCAACCACUACAGAUACCAGCACUACUGCCACCGCUACCAGGGCAACCACUACAGAUACCAGCACUGCAACCACAGCUACCACGGCAACCACUACAGGUACCAGCACCACUACCACCGCUACCAUGGCAACCACUACAGAUACCAGCACCACUGCCACUGCUACCACGGCAACCACUACAGAUGCCAGCACCGCAACCACAGCUACCACGGCAACCACUACAGGUACCAGCACCAGCACCACUACCACCAGCAAACCUGGCAUUCGCAAGUAUAGAAUAAGCUGGGAUGAAGAAGACUUGGUGGAGGAGACGGAGGUGGAGCCGAGCAUCAUUAAAGCAGUGGUGGAGGAGAAGCUCAACAGAAAGUCUCAGCUGCCAGGAGAGUGCAAAGACACACUGGCCACAGUCUCAGAGCCCGUCACACACAACACAUAUGGGCGUAAUGAGGGAGCCUGGAUGAAAGACCCACUGGCUCCUGACGACAAGAUCUAUGUCACUAACUAUUACUACGGCAACAACCUGCAGGAAUUCCAAAACAUGGGUGUCUUCAAACAAGGUCGUGUCACUAACUCAUACAAGCUGCCUUACAACUGGAUCGGCACUGGUCACGUGAUCUACGACGGUGCUUUCUUCUACAACCGCGCCUUCUCCCGUGACAUCAUCAAAUACGAUUUGCGUUUGCGCUACGUGGCAGCCUGGACCAUGCUGCACGAUGCCGUGUUCGAGAGCGACGAGGCAUCGUCAUGGAGAUGGAGGGGUCACUCCGACAUGGACCUGGCUGUGGACGAGAGCGGACUCUGGGUCAUCUAUCCGGCACUGGAUGAUGAAGGAUUCCUGCAGGAAGUGAUCGUGCUGAGCAGGCUGAACCCGGUCGACCUGAGCACGCAGCGCGAGACCACGUGGAGGACGGGACUCCGUCGCGAUCGCUAUGGCAACUGCUUCAUCGUGUGUGGUGUUCUCUACGCCACAGAAUACUACAACCAGCAGGAGAACAACCUGAGCUACGCCUUCGACACCCACACCAACACCCAGAUGGUCCCUCGCAUGCCCUUCAGUAACAACUACACCUACAUCACCCAGAUCGACUACAACCCCAAGGAGCGGGUUCUGUAUGCCUGGGACAACGGCCACCAGGUCACUUACAACAUCGUCUUUGCCUACGUAGACUCUCUUUAAACAGGGAAUGUAGAUACGAAGAUGGUGAUCUUUGGGGAAAAUCCAGAUUAUACAGUGAAGUGUGGAUUGUAGAGCAGUCUAUCCUGUGGUACGUUAACUCUCAUAUAGCGCAUUGCAUUGUUUUGCCCUGUUAUUGAAUACUGGGGUGAUGUUUGAACCUUAAAACAUUACCUCGUUUUUCCAGUUCAGCAUUUUUUAGGAAAAAGGCAAAUAUUAUUUCAAUGCUUUAACAAACAAAGCAUUUGUUUAUUGGACCAGUUCAGCCAAAUAAAUGUUUUUGCCAUUUUCUUUUUCGUCUCUUUGGCCGGUGUUGCCUACUGCCCACGUUUAACUGGAUGCAAACUGCAUGGCAGAAUGGUCACACAACUUUAAGAACAUUUUGUCAUGGCACUUGAAGAUGCAUUCAGAUAAAAAUGUCCGGAGAAAGACAUUUGUGUAUUUUUACAAAAUCAGAGAUUUUAAGAGUAGAAAGUGGAAGAACACAGUUUUUGUGUUCAGACUGUUCUUACAUUUACACUAAAUUAGUUAUUAAUUUAGUCUUUGGAGGUAUGUUGUAAUGCAUGCAUUUGCACUAUGGAACGUCCUUAAUGCUCAUGGUAGCCCCGGGGCUGGCAGAACUCUGUUUUGUACCCUGUGAUUUUAGGAAAGCAUUGUGUAUAUACUGUAAUAUUGCUUUAAUCUUAAAUAUGGUAUUGAUGAAUGUAAACUUCAUAGAUGAUCUUGAUGACAUCCUAGAAACCCUUUUUUAAGGAACUAAUUGUUUAUUAUAAUCCAGAAAUAUUUCAAACAUGUAUUCAGGCUUCACUAAUGCACAUGGCACAGCAGUGUUAACACUCAGUAUUUUUAUAAGGUACUUGAUUGCUUUUUUAACUUUUGGUAGACUGGGAAACAGACUGCAAUAAAAUAUCAGAAUUA